UGUGAUUCUUUUUUUGAAAACAAAAUUGGCGUGAUUCUAAAUUUGGUAUCAUUCUAAAUCCUUCCUACUAUAUUCAUAUACUACCUUUUUCUAUAAGUGCAAUAUACAAGAUGCUCUGUGUAUACAAGUCUACAGGAUACUGCCUUUCUUCUCCCAGUUGAUAAACAACAAUUAGCAAAUCCGAAGCAAGAUACUCUGUAUAUGCAAUAGUACUACGCUGCAGAUUGCUCAGACAUUUAAUGAGCAUUCAAUUCGCAGACAUUUAAUGAGCAUUCAAUUCGCUAGUGCGUCCUUUCAGCCAAGCUCUGCAAACACCCGUUUAUAUGACCCAAAUCGUUUUUUAUCCAUAAAUUUGGCCGGGAAACUAUCCUGGUUUAAGAAGUAACAUAUAUAAAGAUUCAGGCACACGUUUUACCUUCACAGUUUGGACCUGGGAGAGUGACAGAAACAAAGAUGGGAAGGAAGGAAGAUGACGGUCCAGUGGAGCUAAAGGCCGGAGGAAUAGUGGUUGUGAACCCAAAGCCGCAGGGUAGCAUGAUCUCCAGUGCUAUAGAUUGGUUGGAAUGGAUGAUUGUUAAGAUAAUGCACGAUUCUUCUAAACCGCUUCCUUAUCUUUCUGGUAAUUUCGCUCCUGCUCCAGAAGAAACCGCUCCUUGUAAAGACCUUCCGGUCAUUGGCCAGCUUCCUGAAUGCCUCAAUGGUGAGUUUGUCAGACUUGGUCCCAAUCCAAACUUCACUCCGGUGGCUGGCUACCAUUGGUAAGUCCUUUUGUUAUCUCAAUUGGAUCUUUCAAUAUCCAUGAUCCCGUUUUAUUUUCCUAUAAAGAGUUGCCAAACAUUCUUUCCCCUCCGUCUAGCAUACAUUUGAGUAAUGGCAAAUAUUUUCUAAGUUGUGGCAUUGGCUAUUUUCUAUGAACAGUAAAGCACCAAUGUUGUAAUAUUAGGUCACAAGCUUAUACUCGGCUUUCUUAUUUUCAGGUUUGAUGGAGAUGGGUGUGUAGAUUUCUCCGACUUCACUUCUAAGCACAUUUUAAUUUGUAUUACUUAAUUUAAACUAUGAUCUGCAAUUGCUGUCCUUUUUGUGCAGAAUGAUUCAUGGCUUGCGCAUCAAAGAUGGAAAAGCAACAUAUGUCUCCCGUUUUGUGAAGACAUCACGUCUGAUGCAAGAACAGUUUUUUGGAGGAGCUAAGUUUAUGAAG